AUGAAGUUUCUUUAUGCUUUAGUGUUUUUGACUUAUUCAGUAUCAAGCGAGAUUGAGAUUCUUCGUUAUCCUCCGACAGAUCCUCAGCCAGGUCCAAGAAAAUUCAUAAUUAUGAAUGGUGUCUUUUCACAUAACUACUUUAUUUUCUUUGGUGGGUACAAUAACCGUGACGACAUUUACAGUGACAUAUGAAAUUUUGACCUGAGUACCAGGAAGUGGUCUCAAGCAUUUUCUUCAAACGGAAAUAACCCUAGUAAGAGCUAUCUAGUUGCAAGAUAUAAUGGGGGAGGCUUCUGAAAUUAUCUGAGAGAUGAGUAUUGCAUAUGAGGCGGAAUGUCGAUAAGAGGCCAGCUCAAUGAUUUAUGAUGCUUCCAUCUAACAAAUUUUUUAUGGAGGGAGGUCGAAGUUUCAGGUGAUUUAAUCAAGCCUCGGUACAGAAUCGGGUAUACAAACUGAAAUGAGACCAGCACUGUCAUGUUUGCAGUUUUUGGAGGUAUUACGAUUGAGCAUGCUAGCUAUGACCUUUAUAUGUAA